AUGUAUGGAUAUGAUUCUGCAUUCAUUGGCACGACUCUCACAUUGCCUUCCUUCAAACAUGCCUUCGGCCUAGACACGGCUAGUAGCACCGCUGUAGCUAGCCUAUCGUCAAAUAUUGUCUCUACAUUCCAAGGGGGUGCUUUUUUCGGAUCCCUGUUUGCCUUUUUUCUCGCCGAGCGAUUUGGUCGUAAGCCUACCUUGCUCGUUGCCGGUGUCGUUUUCACGAUCGGAGUCAUCCUGCAAAUGAUAGGACAUUUGGGCCUUCUCUACGGUGGGCGUGCACUUACAGGGCUCGGUGUCGGAAGCUCAGCCAUGAUUCUCCCCAUAUAUAUCGCAGAGUGCUCUCCGGCAGCUAUCCGAGGCCGUCUCGUGGGUGUUUUUGAGGUCAUGCUCCAAAUCGCACUUGUAUUUGGGUUUUGGGUCAAUUAUGGCGUCAAUAAGAACAUCUCCCCCAUCGGAAACACACAAUGGCGGAUUCCUGUUGGUGUACAAUUUGUACCUGCCGGGUUGUUGCUCAUUUGUCUCAGUUUCAUGCCCGAGUCUCCACGUUGGCUGGCCUCCAAAGGGAAAAGAACCCGUGCGCUGCGCUGCCUGUCGUGGAUCAGACACCUUCCUGAAACCCAUGCAUACGUGCAGCAGGAAUUGCUGAUCAUGGAAGCGGGUGCGCAGCAAGAGAUCGAAGAAACCGGAGAAGGAUGGCGACACUGGGUACAACUUCUACGUGAGCUCGGGCAAAAGGGUGUUCGUAACCGCUUGAUUAUCAGUGUUUUAGUGAUGCUAUCGCAGAACUUCACUGGCAUCAACGCGAUUAACUAUUACUCGCCCACCAUCUUCAAAUCCAUCGGCUUUACUGGUACAAGCGUCCAACUCCUGGCAACCGGCGUUUACGGCCUCGUAAAAAUGGGCGCCACAUUUGUCUUCGUCGCCGUGAUAGUCGAUCGUAUCGGGCGGCGACCCGGACUCUUAGUAGGCUCAAUUGGCGCUGGAUUUGCCAUGUUUUACCUCGCCAUCUACAGCAAAGUCAGCAAUAGCCUCCAUGCAACACCGCCGCGAGAUGCUGGUGCUAAUGCUGCUGUUGCAAUGGUCUACAUCUACGCUGUGUUCUAUGGGCUUUCGUGGAACGCUAUCCCAUGGUUGUUCACUGCGGAAACUUUACCUACCCGUGUCCGAACGAUGGGUAUGGCUAUAUCGGUCUGCUCUCAGUGGCUGGGUCAGUUCAUAGUUGUAUACUCUCUUCCGCACAUGAUUACUGGUAUUGGGUAUGGCACUUUCUUAUUCUUCGCAUGCUGUACUGUCUUAGCCUUUGUGUUUGCGUACCUUUUUGUGCCGGAGACAAAGGGUGUUGCUAUGGAAGAUAUGCAUCUGAUAUUUGGCCCUGAUGUUUCUAUCUUGGCUACGAAGGCGCGGAAGAAUUAUGAUACACAUCGCGAGGAUCGGUUGGAGGCUGUUAUUGUCCGUGAGAAGAUUGAUGUGGAACAGGUGGAGACUGUUUGA